CCUAAAAGGUGACCAGGACGUGGUAGCCCUGCGGGGUUAGUGGCACUGACAGAAGGGGAAUGACGAGGGACGCCAAAACAUCUAUCCAGGGCCUGACUCCCGGCCGUCAGGUGGAGGGAGCGCGGGACGCGGCCACUGCCUCGCUCCCUCAGCUUCGCCUCCGCGGCCUCGAAGGGAAAAAAGGGCCGACCUGGGGCCAACCUACCCCGGGAGGAGCCCUGUACCCGGCAAAGGGCCCGUUCUGGGGCGGCUGCGAGCACCGCUUCACCCCUCUGCCUCCCAGUGAGGCUGCAAAAUGGCGGGGCAGCCCCCGCCUGUCCCCGCGGCCUCCUCCCCUCAGCGCCGCCGCUGCGCGGCUCUCCUCGCCUCGGUGCGGGUAUCCUCCCCCGAAAAUAAGCCGUGAACGGCGAGCCGUGAGGGAAGGAGCAGCCUUUCCCUCCACUUCGGGGCGCGACGAGCGGGUGAAAAGCGAUGAGGAUGCUCCACCUGCCGGGCAGAGCGCGCAGGUGGGCCGGGCGAGGGGGCUGCAAGGCCCCGAGCGUUUUCCUUGCAAAAAAAUAGAGUUUUUUUUUGGUGCCACGCGUUACGCUGGCCCCAGGGUUCAGGCCCUUCCUGCAAACUGCCUGGUUCGUUUGCCUCUUUCCCUGGUGCAAUCAAUAGCAACUCUGGAAAAGUCAGCGACUUUACACCAGGUUAGGUAACUGGAGGA